AUGGCGUCACAGAGUAUGAAAAAAUUAGCAGCUGCUAACACUGAAAUACUUAAGCAAAUCCAUCUACUUGCCGUGAUAAUAAAUCUAAUUGUAAUUAUGGUACUAUUAGUGUUCAAUAGACCAAAGUCACUUAUCCCGUACCUGUUAUUUUCGUGUCCUGCUUUCUUUUGCCAAUUUAUCAUAGAACAAUCAGCAAGACCAGUAUAUGAUGUAGAUAGAAUGUCGGGACAAAGAAAAUUAUUGAAAGCUGGUGAAGAUGUUAAACAUGAAGGAUUAUACGAGUACAUGUUUGAUACAAUGUACAUUACAUGGAUUAUUGAUAUAUUGAUGAUUGUUUUAGGUACCAAUAAAGUGUGGUGGUUAUACAGCAUUAUUCCUGGCUUUGCCAUUUUCAAAGUUGUCGGUCUAGUUAAAGGUUUGAAAGGCAACAAACCCGAAACAAAGCCAGAAGAACCAGAGGCUCCUCAAAAGAGUAAGAGACAGGCUAAAAGAGAAGCCAACAAGAACAAGGUUGUUAGAAAUGUUCGUUAA